AUGGCGAAACUCGACAGCCUGGACCUCAUGGUCCUCUCCGUCAUCCUGGCCGGCACUGCCGCUUACUUUACCAAGGGUAAAGUCUGGGGCGUGACCAAGGACCCCUAUGCCAACUCCUUUGGCAAUGCCAACGGCCUCAAGGCUGGCAAGACGAGGAACAUUAUUGAGAAGAUGGAAGAAUCGGGCAAGAACUGCAUCAUCUUUUACGGCUCUCAGACUGGUACUGCUGAAGACUACGCCUCGCGUCUCGCCAAGGAAGGCAAGAGCCGCUUUGGUCUUGAAACAAUGGUUGCCGACCUCGAGGAUUACGAUUUCGAAAACCUCGACACCAUGCCCGAGGACAAGGUUGUGUUCUUCAUCCUGGCCACCUACGGCGAGGGUGAGCCGACCGAUAACGCUGUCGACUUUUACGAGUUCAUCACCGGAGAGGACACCGCCUUUUCCGAGGCUCGCGAGGUGCCUCUCGACAACCUCAAGUACGUCGCUUUCGGCCUCGGCAACAACACUUACGAGCACUACAACUCCAUGGUCCGCAACGUCAACAAGGCUCUCGAAAAGGCCGGCGCUCACCGCAUUGGUGAGGCUGGCGAAGGUGACGAUGGUGCCGGCACCAUGGAGGAGGAUUUCCUCGCAUGGAAGGAGCCUAUGUGGACUGCCCUCGCUGAGAAGAUGGGCCUGGAAGAGCGUGAGGCCGUCUACGAGCCCACAUUUGGCAUUUCCGAGCGUGAGAACAUGACCAAGGACUCCCCCGAGGUCUACCUUGGCGAGCCCAACAAGAUGCACCUCGAAGGUACCGCCAAGGGCCCCUUCAACUCGCACAACCCUUACAUUGCUCCCAUCACGGAAUCCAGAGAACUCUUCACCGUCAAGGACCGCAACUGCCUGCACCUCGAGAUUGACAUCAGUGGCUCGAACCUCUCCUACCAGACCGGUGACCACAUUGCCAUCUGGCCCACGAACCCUGGUCAGGAAGUCGACGAGUUCCUCUCCCUGCUUAACCUGGCUGGCAAGCGUGACUCUGUCAUCAGCGUCAAGGCUCUCGAACCUACGGCAAAGGUCCCCUUCCCAACCCCCACCACGUACGACGCCAUUGUUCGCUACCAUCUCGAAAUCUGCGCUCCCGUCUCUCGCCAGUUCCUCGGUACCCUCGCCGCAUUUGCCCCCGAUGAGGAGACCAAGGCUGAGAUGACGAAGCUCGGCAGCGACAAGGAUUACUUCCAGGACAAGAUCAGCAAGCACCACUACACUAUUGCACGAGCUCUGAGUGUCGUCAGCGGCGGCAAGAAGUGGGAAAGCAUCCCGUUCUCCGCCUUCAUUGAGGGCCUGACAAAGCUGCAGCCCAGGUACUACUCCAUCUCUUCCUCGUCUCUGGUCCAGCCCAAGAAGAUCUCUGUCACAGCUGUCGUCGAAAACGUCAUGAUCCCCGGCCGCGAGGACCCUUUCAAGGGUGUCGCCACGAACUACCUGUUUGCCCUCAAACAGAAGCAGAACGGCGACCCGAGCCCUGAAGCCUACGGCCUCACCUACGAGAUUAUGGGACCGCGUAAUAAGUACGAUGGCAUUCACGUGCCCGUUCACGUCAGACAUUCCAACUUCAAGCUUCCAUCCGACCCCUCGCGGCCCAUCAUUCUCGUCGGUCCUGGCACGGGUGUUGCGCCCAUGCGAGCAUUCAUCCAGGAGAGAGCCAAGCAAGCAGAGUCUGGUGAGGCCGUGGGUCCCACCGUCCUCUUUUUUGGCUGCCGUAAGCGGUCCGAGGAUUUUCUGUACGAGUCCGAGUGGGACGAGUACAAAAAGACCAUGGGCGACAGCUUUGAGAUGAUCAACGCGUUCUCCCGUGAGGGCCCCAAGAAGGUCUAUGUCCAGCACCGUCUCAAGGAGCAAGCAAAGCGUAUCAAUGAGCUCCUCCUCCAGAAGGCCAACAUUUACGUCUGUGGUGAUGCUGCCAACAUGGCGCGCGAGGUCCACUCCGUGCUCAUCAACAUCAUCGCCGAGCAGCGCGGCAUUCCAGAGUCCAAGGCGGAGGAUAUUGUGAAGACCAUGCGCGCAUCCAACCAGUACCAGUCAUUGGGUCAGCCCUCGAUACAUUUCAGAAGUUAUCCCUUCCAGAAUAUCCUGCUAUCCCUUGUCCGUCCCUGUCCCGCACCCGCAUCAACACAACGGCUUUGCAGACUCGUUGCCAACAAGCGCCUCGCAACUGCCUUCGUCCAGGAACUACGUCGCGACUUCCUCUCACCAGAGCCAGCUGUUCGUUCUUGCCAGAUUCACAUGCAGAUUCCUCUUGAAUUUCAUCGCAGAAAACUUGUUGCCAAGAUGACCAUGACCUAUCCCCCGAGCCACAUCAUGGGAGCCGAGCACCCUUACGGCGCCAAACGCGGAAGCAGCAACUCGACUUCAGCUCACCAGGGUCAGGGUCGCCACCCUGCUGCAUACAUAGCGACUCAUCCCGGAGUCAUGCCCGACACUACAGCUGUUGCAGGUCAUGCCCAGGGCCACGCAGAUGCCACCGUGAACUCUCUUGUCGCUCAGAUGGGUGGUAUCGGUAUUAGCGGACCUCCUUCUGGCCAAGCUGCUGCCAUGCCUGGCCUGGGAGGCCCUUAUCUCCAGAUGCCCGAUGGUCAAAUCAUCUAUGCUCCUGGCUUCCACCCUGGUGGUGUUGCUCCCUUUGGUUAUGGCCAGAACUCUGAUGCCCCCAGCAAUACUUUCUUCAAUCCUUACAUGCAGAACGCGCAGGCCCCUUUCCCCCUGCCAUAUGGAUUGCUCCCGAUCACCCCGGGCCGUCCCGCGACCAUCAUCGAGCAUCCCGAGCAUGGUCCCAAGGAGGUCCCGGCCUUGCAGAACCGUCGCUCAUCCUACUCCACCAACGAGUCUGCCCCGGCAACACCGUUCUUCGGAAAUGUUCCUGCCCGCGAUCAGGCUGGCCGUGUGGCUGUCUUUGACCGCUCCACUUACACGACUCCCUCGCCCCAGCAGGUUAUUGCAAACGCAGCGAUGCAACACCCCAAGGGCUUUCACGCCAUCCCUGCUGUCAUUGAUCGUGAUCUUGAUGCUUUGCUCCGGAAGGAACCUGCUGUUCCCUCUGCUGUUCCAGCCGUUUUCACUCCCCAGGAAAACAUGAAGUCUUUGGAGCAGAGUCUCAUCAACCACAUUCCUGGCAACCGCAAUGUCUACAUUCGUGGCCUUCACCCCACCACGGACGACGAUCUUCUCUACAAGUUCGCCGAGCGGUUUGGAAAGGUUGAGACCUCCAAAGCAAUCAUUGAUACUGCCACCGGUGCUUGCAAGGGUUUCGGCUUCGCGAAGUUCUACGAUGUUCGCGACUCGGAGAAGUGCAUCCGCGGCUUCUACCGCUUGGGAUAUGAAGUUGGCUUCGCACGGGUUCGCAUCAUCAAGCACAUGCAGUACUGUCUACUUGUGGCCUCGGUCGGUACUAACUAUUUUCUGAUCGAUCAGGAGUCGUUCAACUCCCGUCUCAAGGCCGAAGGUGACGAGGGUUCCACCAACCUCUACAUUUCCAACCUGCCCAAGUCGACCACUGAGAUGGAACUCGGCGCAAUCUUUCUCGGCUACAAUAUUCUCUCCAGCAAGAUUCUUCGCGACCAUCUUGGUAACAGCCGUGGUGUCGGCUUCGCCCGGUAUGUUCUGAUGCGCAAACCCAGAUUGUCGAGCUGUCUCGUUAACGCAAAGUCUAGUUUUGAGAGCCGCGCGCUUUGCGAGGAGAUCAUGCACAAGUUCCAGGGCCAGAAGCUCGGUUCAGCUGGCAAUGAGCUCUCAAUUCGCUACGCAGACACUCCUCAGCAAAAGGAGCUGAAGCGUAUCACGGCCGAGAGACGCCAAUUCAGAACCAACGAGUACAACGUCGGUGCCUACGGCACUCCCCUUGUCGGAAUGAACCCUACCAUCUACAAUCAGCCGGCUUGGAAGCGUGGCGGUGGCAGCGGCAGUCUUUUUGUCAGCUCAUCUGCAUCGAGCAAUGCAACCCCGUCGGAAAACGGCUCUGACAACGAGAGUGUGACCAUUCAGGUCAACGGUCCUGCCAUCGUUGAUGGCACCUCCCACUCGUCCCCCAGCAAGGCCGAAGCCAAGUGA